AUGCGCUUCUCAUCUUACGCUCUCCCUGCUUUAGCAGCAAACUUGGCCGCCGCUCUUCCUGCUGCUCAGCCUCAGCAAAUUGACCUGUCCAUGGUCUUGGAUACUCCUGACCCAACAUUCUCUCAGGCUGUGGGUGUUGCUGCUCAGACGGUCACCUAUGAUACUGCUUCCCUGAUCGCUGUCGCUAGCGCUGCUGCUUCAUCUGUGAGCAUUGCAGUCAGCGAUGUAUUGUCUCCGACUGCAGUCAUUUCCAAGCGAGCAGCGACCUCUACCACCUGUGUGCCUCAGUUCACUGGCGCAUCUUCGGCUCCUACCUACUCCGCUGCUGCCGAUAACGUAGCUGAUUUUCUUGCGGAUCCCUACUAUGCCUCUGUCGCCUCCACCGCUCCUGUUCCCACUGGCUACAAUCAAGCUUUUGUGAACCAGCAAGCUUCGAACAACGCCUUCGGGUACCUGGGUUAUGAUAGCUUUGAUACCUAUGACAUUGCUACCUGCGCCAGCCGAUGCACAGCUAGAAAUGGCUGUGUUUCGGUCAACAUGUACUUUGAGCGCAAUCCAUCUGGCUGUUCGAACUCGUCCGCGAUCAUGAUCCAUUGUGCCUACUGGGGAGGUCCUGUAUCACAAGACAACGCUGUAAAUAAGGGUUACACGUACGAGGGCUUCACUGUUGCUAUCGCUGGUUCUAAUGGUUACGUUACCACUCAAAUCGAGACGCCCGCUGGAUACCAGGCUGGUACUCCCUAUGGUGACUUUGCUAUUAACGCACCUUACGAUGCCCAAGGCUACAACACUUUCAUGGGUGCCAGAAUCUUCACCUCAACCUGGGAAGUGGCUUCUUGCGCUGCCUACUGCGACUCUCAGACCGCAUACAACAAGGCAACAGCCCCAACGGACGGAACUCCCUACAAAGUCUGCAAUUUCUUUAACACCUAUGUAUUAAUUGAAUACCUCGCCAAUGGCUCCGUUGUUCCUCAAGGUCAGUACUGCGCUCUAUACACCGAAGCAUGGGACAGUACAUAUGCAGUCAACGGUGGACAAUGGUGGGGAGACAACCAGUACCUUGUCAGCUACAGCUUUGGUUAUCCCAAGCUCAACCCCGGCAUCAACCCCACUGUUGGCGACGCCGUUGGUGCAGAGUACCAAGCUGUCGCAGACAUCAAAUGGGCUACUCUCCAGCCAUUCUGUUCUUCAUACCUUGGUUACACAGCGGCAGUUAAGACCAUCACAACUACUGCUACGGUCACUGGCGUGACAUCGCAAACAACAACAGCAGCCCAAAGUCAGACAACGACUCAAAAUCAGAAGCGUGCUCUGUCGACACCAGAUGUUCUGACCAAAUACCCAUCCACUGUCUUGUCCUCUGCCUGUCAGCUGCAAGCUACACAGCCAGCAGCUUCUACACUUGUUGUUACAGCAACCGUCACUGCUACUGCAGCUGCAACUUAG